AUGGUCUGGAAACCUCUCACGUUGGGCGUCGUGUUGUCCAGCAUUACGAACAUCAUGGCCGAGACAUACGACUACAUUAUCGUCGGCGGCGGCACUGCCGGCCUGACCGUCGCAGCCCGCCUUACCGAAGACCCUCAGGUGACCGUGCUCGUCCUCGAGGCCGGUGCCGAUCGCUCCGAGGACUUGAACGUGCUGGCCCCGGGUCUGUUCCCCGCCAUGUACGGCAACCCAGACCACGACUGGGACUACAAGACUGUUCCUCAAGCCGCCGCCAACAACAAAGUCGUCGCCCACAUCCGCGGCAAGCAACUCGGCGGCUCCAGCGCCAUGAACUUCAUGUUCUGGACGCACCCCUCCCGGCGAGACGUCGACAACUGGGGCGCCCUGGGCAACGCCGGCUGGUCCUGGGACGCGCUGGCCCCUUACUUGCGCAAGUCGGAGGCGUUCCUCGCCCCGUCGGCGCAGCAGACGAGCGACCUCCGCCUCGGCUACGUCGACCCGGGCGCCCACGGGACCAGCGGGCCCAUCGCCAACGGGUUUCCCAAGCUGUACAGCCCUUUCCUCCAGGCGUGGCCGCGGACCAUGGAGAAGCUCGGCCUCGGCGUCAAGGGAGACCCCCGGGACGGCGAGGCGCUCGGGGGCUACGUCAACUUGCUCAACAUCGCGGACGCGACGCGGAGCUACGCCGCGAACGCGUACCUCGGCCCGGCUCGUCAGCGGACGAACCUGAAGGUCGUGACGGGCGCCCACGUGACCAGGAUCCUCCUCAAGAAGAGCAAGAACGGCGUUCGAGCCACGGGCGUCAGCUGGACGCAGGAGACCGGGAAACACGAGGCCACCGCCUCGAAGGAGGUGGUUCUCGCCGCGGGCUCCGUGGCCUCGCCGCAGCUGCUCGAGGUGUCCGGCGUCGGCGGCAGAAAGCUCCUGAAACAACACGGUGUCGACGUCUUGGUGGACAACCCGAACGUGGGCGAGAACUUGCAGGACCACGUCUACGUUCCCCUCGGAUUCGCCGUGAAGCCCGGCCUGCCAACCAACGAGGACUACGCCAACGCAACCUACUUCCAGGAGCAGCUCAGCCUGUACCUCCAGAACAAGACCGGCCGCUUGUCGUCCGCAGGCGCCAGCUCGGCCCUCCUGUCCCUCAAGCAGAUCGCAUCCACGCUGGACUUCGCCUCGCCCUCGCUCAAGAGCAACGUCCCCGGCCUGGCUGACCAGUAUCGCCUGAUCCUCCGCGACCUCAAGUCCGAGGCCGUCGCGCAGGAGCUCACCAUCGAAGGCGGCAUCUCCCCGCAGUUCUCGUCCGACACGACGAAGCUCUUCUCCGCCGGCUCGCCCGGGAACUUCCUGUCCAUCCUGGGGGUCCUCGAACACCCCCUCUCCCGGGGCUCCGUCCACAUCCAGUCCGCGGACGCAGCCGUCCACCCGCAGAUCGACCCGCGCUACCUCUCCAACCCGCUCGACGUCCAGCUCCUCAAGGCCAUCGCGCUCCACCUCCAGACCGUCGCGCGGACGGCGCCGCUCCGCGACCUCCUCCAGGGCGGCGGCAGCGUGUACCAGCCCGGGUACCGCGCGCUCACGGCCGACAACGUCGAGAGCUGGGUUCGCGCCGCCGUGCAGAGCGAGUACCACCCCUGCGGGACGUGCGCCAUGCUGCCAAAGUCCGCGGGCGGCGUCGUCGACGAGAGGCUCCGGGUCUACGGGGUCGAGGGCCUGCGGGUCGUCGACGCCAGCGUGUUUCCCUUGAUCCCGAGGGCCAACAUCCAGUCGCUCGUCUACGCGGUGGCGGAGAGGGCGGCGGACUUUAUCAAGCAAGACGCAUAG